CUCUACAGUGACAAAAUCUAUUACUAUUGGUGACGACUGAAGCGACAUCUGUAAACUAUGUGUUCCUACGAACUAAAAUGUAGCUAUUUGAAUUUACAGAACAACCGUUUUGUUUUGAUUUUUUAUUUGUUUGCUGACAAGUAUUUUCCAGCAAGUUUUGUUUUUUAAUGUGAUUGUGCAUAAAAUGGGAGUGAAAGACUUGUGGAACAUACUGUCACCUGUCAGUGAGAGGAAACCCUUAUUUGAAUUACAAGGCAAAGCUAUCGCAAUAGAUCUUAGUUGCUGGGUUGUGGAUAGCCAGAAUAUUACAGACAAUGCAACUCAGCCAAAAAUGUAUCUGCGAAAUCUAUUUUUUCGAACAUCAUACUUGCUUUUACAUGACAUAUUUCCUAUUUUUGUUUUGGAGGGAGAAGCUCCAACCUUAAAGCACAGAACCAUAGCAAAGAGGAAUGAAAUUCGCCAUGGUGGUGAAGAAAAAAAGAAGUCAAAGAAAGGCGUUAGAUCACAUUUUAAUCAUGUUUUAAAAGAAUGUGAGGAAAUGCUCAGAUACAUGGGUAUUGCAUGCAUCAAGGGCUAUGGAGAAGCCGAAGCUAUGUGUGCUUAUUUGAAUGCAGAUGGGCUAGUUGAUGGAUGUAUUAGCCAGGACAGUGACUGUUUUCUGUAUGGAGCCAAGACUGUAUACAGAAAUUUCUGUACCAGCACACAGGGAAAUAGGACUACAAGUGGUGGAUCAAUAGAUGAGUACUCUAUGAGUAAGAUUAGAGAUAUUUUCAAUCUUAGCAGGAACAAAAUGAUUGCUUUAGCAUUAUUGUGUGGUUGUGAUUAUGAUGAAGGAUUAAAUGGAGUUGGAAAAGAAGCUGCUCUAAAGUUAUUUAAGGUUAUUGAUGGUGAUGAUAUUCUUGACAGGAUGAAGGAAUGGCGAACUAAUAGCUCUAAAUACAGAAAGAUGGAAAUAGAAUUGUCGAAUCCUAAUAUUUGCACCAAUUGCGGACAUUCUGGUAAAAUGAGAUCACAUACUAGGAUUGGUUGUGCUGAUUGUGGCACAAGUGUGAAAUGUAGUGAUAGUUAUAAGGAAAAGCGAACUUUAAUAGCUAAUGAAUUGGCCAUAAGAAAAAAAGCUUUACAGGUAGAGAACUUUCCAAGUCAAGAACUUAUAGAUGAAUUUCUACAACGCAAAGGGUCAAUCCCCACUAAAUUAGAUCUGCAGUGGAAAAAACCAGAGAUUGUUCAGUUUAUUGGGUUCAUGGAGCGCAAAGUACAAUGGGAAGCAUCUUACACAUUUGCCAAAAUCUUUCCACUCAUGACUCGAUGGCAGCUUCUGAAUUUGAUUGAAUUUCCAAUAGAGCAAAGGCUUACAAAAUCAGGAGUUUUUGUACCUGAAAAAAUUAAGAAAAUAAGGAAUAUCCGAAGUGUGGCAAGUUAUGAGAUUUUAUGGCUUGACAGGGACAAUAUUUUAAAAGGUUUGAUACUCACACCACCUGAGUGUAAUAAAGAGAAUGACGAAGAAUAUCCAGAUGCUCUGUCUGAAUUAGCGACAAUCGAACCACAAGAAAUUGUAACCAAGUGCUAUCCACAAAUAGUAGAAAAUUUUAAGGCUCUACGUUAUCCAAAAAAGAAAAAAACAACACGUAGCCGCAAGAAAAAAGUCAUCGACGAGAAUGGCGAAGAGGUUCAAGUUGAGAAGAAGAAACCUGAGCGAAAGAAACGAGCAAAGAGCAAAAUCGAAUUGACGAAUAAUCGAAAGAUCGUCGAUUUCGUGGUGACUAAUCCUCCUCUAACUUUAGAAGAGUCAUUCAGCAGUAUAACAAUAACGCCAAAACGACAAAAAAAGGAUGAAAGUAUGAAGAUUAAGAAAGGACCGCAAUUUGACAGAGUCAUGACUAUCGAAAAGAUGGAUACAAUUUUGAAUGGUUCGCUCGAAAGAAUGUUCAACGAGUUAACUCCGGAAGACUUCCCAAGUGACGUGGAAGAUUCAAUGGAAAUGUCGUUAAUCAUCGACAAUAUCAUCAAUAGAAGAACACCUUGCAAAGAAAUAUCCAUUGAUUAUCAAGAGAUAAAACAAAAUUCGUCGAAAACACCGCAAGUUUUCACGGAUUAUCGUACAACUGACACAGCCAUCUUUCCAAAAACAGCGUGCAAAGAAGAAGCAGAUGAAUUCAACUUACUCGAUGACACUUAUGUUCCUCUAGAUAAACGCGUGUAUAAGCCGCAGAAACGACACAGUAGUGUGUUUUCCACUCCAAAACUGAAUAACAGUGACGACGACAAAUUAAGCUUUGGUAUUGAAAGUCUUCUCAAUGGGACGGACGAUUGA